UCGGCCCUCGCCGUCUUUCUGAACUCAAGUCUCUAAUCAUAUUUCUUAAUUUUAAAUUACCUAAUAUAUAUACUGUUUAAUUCACUGUGAAAAGAUCUUAAAUGUAUAAUCUCAUCUCUCUUACCAGAAAAAGAAAAGAAAAAACGGAGAAACGUUUUCUGUUUCCGUUUAACGAUUGGAUCAAAUCAUAUCGGAGCUCGAAUUAGGGUUUCGAGCUGGUUUUCGCGGGAGAUUCCCACUUCCCAGGAUUUCAACGUUGCGUUAUUGUUUGUUAGGGCUUUUCCCCCUCUGAGAAGGAUGACUCAAUCGACGAGCAGAGCUAGGGUUGUUGGAGAUUACAUUGUUAGUCGACAGAUUGGGUCGGGAUCGUUUUCUGUUGUCUGGCACGCAAGGCAUCGUGUUCAAGGCACGGAGGUCGCGAUUAAGGAAAUCGCCAUGGAUCGCCUGAGCAAGAAAUUACAGGAGAGUCUCUUGUCCGAGAUUUUCAUCUUGAAGAGAAUCAAUCAUCCUAAUAUCAUUCGGUUGCACGAUAUUAUAGAGGUUCCUGGGAGGAUACAUCUGGUGUUGGAGUACUGCAGAGGGGGUGAUCUUUCAAUGUAUAUCCAUCGUCAUGGAAGAGUUCCAGAAGCAACUGCAAAGCACUUCAUGCAGCAGCUUGUUGCUGGUUUACAAGUUCUCCAUGACAACAAUCUUAUACACCGAGAUCUAAAACCACAGAAUCUUCUUCUUUCCACUAACAAUGACCAGUCCAUUCUGAAGAUUGCGGAUUUUGGCUUUGCAAGGUCUUUACAACCAAGAGGCCUAGCAGAAACUUUGUGUGGUUCACCACUCUACAUGGCUCCAGAAAUAAUGCAACUCCAGAAGUAUGAUGCGAAGGCAGAUCUCUGGAGUGUUGGCACUAUCCUAUUUCAGCUUGUAACUGGGAAGACCCCAUUUACUGGAAAUAAUCAAAUACAGUUGCUACAAAACAUUGUCAAAUCAAAUGAAUUGCGCUUCCCUCCAGAUAGUAAUGAUUUGAGUGUUGACUGCAUUGAUUUAUGUCAAAAGCUGUUGCGCUGUAAUCCAGUGGAAAGAUUAACAUUUGAAGAGUUCUUUAACCACCCAUUUCUUUCCAAAAACCAAAUGAUGGAUUCAUUAAGGAGUAGGAUGGUCUUAAAGGCAAGAGAUUGCAUUCCUUCAGCUGAAUCCAGUCCUGGAAGGCACACAGAAGAAAGCUCUCAAGAUGAUUGUCUUCCAUUCCUUCUAGAUGAUGAUUGUAGUGGUCCUGAUGGGAGCCCAGCCUUUACCACAAACAAGGCCUCAAUGAGGUCUACAUAUGGGUUUUCUCUUGACACAAAGGUGGAAAAAAGGGUUCCAGCUUCUACCCUGCCCAAUAACAUGGAUAUUGCUUUGAGAUGUGGUAGUAUCACACAAAAACUAGAAAACACCUGGUCCAAGGUUGAUCAACAUAGGCAUUCAGAUGCAAGCAUCAAAGGGUCUGCUACAAUUAGGGACCAAAGACAAAUGAAGGCUGCACCCAAAGUUCUGGAUUCACUGGAAUUUAUUGAUCAAGAGUACGUCCUUGUGUCUGGACCUCCCAUGGAGACAUCAUUGUUGUCAUUAAGUGCAUCGAGGCCACACCAUUCACCAUGCAAAUCAGAGAAUUCCCCAAUAGCGUCUGCAAACAGUAAUAGUGCAUCAAGUUCACCAAUGCCAAUAAUUGGUGCAGCAAUUAGAAAUCCAUCUUGUGUUGGAAGCUUGGAGAGUCGUAGCUCUGCCCCUUCUGGGACUUCACAAGGAUCCAUGGAUAUGGGCGAAACUUUGGAGCAGCCUUCUGUUCAUUGCCUGACAAGGAUUAGGUCAUUGCAGAAGUGUGCAUAUGCCAUAACAGAAUUAGUAAAUGAGAAGAUUGAGGCAGGUAGGAAACUAGAAGCUUUCUCAAUUCAGCUGGUAAUUUUGGCAAUUUGGAAGCAAGCCCUUCAUAUUUGCCACACACAGGCUGCCUCAGCUUUAGAAGGAAGUCCGACUCAAGAGAGUAGUCGAGUUAGAGGGGGCACCGGCAAGAAGCAUGAAAGUCCAAAUAUUCAAGAAUUUAAUAAUGUUAUUCAAACUCAAGGACCUGAAGCUGUUUACCCCCAGAUCGAAAGGGAAUUUCUCCUUGAAGUUGGUCAUGCUGAGGAACUUGCCAAGGAUCUUGAGCCAAUUGAUGGUGGCACGGAAAUGCCAGAUGCCAUGGAGACCAUAUUCCAAUCUGCCCUUGCAUUUGGCAGGCUUGGUGCUGUUGAGGAGCUGAUGGGUGAGAUGGACAGUGCAGCAUCUUUUUAUUCAAAAGCAGUACGCUUACUAGUCUUUCUUUUAGUUGAAGCACCAUCCCUCAUCGUGAACCCUCCUUUUUCUCUCACAAAUUCAGAUCUAUUUCGUCUUCGGACAUACAUUGACAUCUUGAAUAACAGACAAAGCCAGUCUAGGUCUCAAAGAAUGGCUCUUCUCAAGUGUGAGGGUCAACAAUGCCCACCUUGAAGAUGGGCGUCUCUGCAAAUACCUUGCCUGCUAACCGGCAGUGUUCGUAUAUAAAAGUUUAUUUGUACAGCAAUUCUUUUGUUGCCUCCUCUUAGGUGACUAUGGAAGGAGUAUACUUGUAUAUGGGAUGGAUGAUGUUAAUAGUUUCAGAGAAAUCAGAGAAAACUUGCAAGAUGAAUGAUGAGCCUGCGUAGUCUUCGUUUUAUUGUACCUUGGAAUUUUCUUGAUCUUUGCCCGUGUUGUGUAUUUUAGUUGGAAAUUUCGAAUGCUGUGGCUACUGUUAGAGAGCUAAGCUGACCAUUUUAUCUGUUUUAA